AUGGAUAGACCCGUCAUCGCAACCGCAUCGUCCGCGGCGCGCAUGGUCUGGCAGCAGGAGAUGGACACUUCGUUCGGCGAGGCGCUUGAGCAGUGGCAGGACGCCGGAGACUUCACGUUCUACGCGCCCGGCGACAUCCAGGCUCCAAUCGCGAGCGGCACCUUUCCUGUUCACGGCAUGGCAAUCGUCCCAUGCAGCAUGUCAACGGUCGCAGCAUUAGCGCACGGCUUCUCUGACAACCUCAUACGCCGCGCCGCCGAUGUCUGCAUCAAGGAGCGCCGCCCUCUGACGAUUGUGCCUCGUGAGACUCCACUCAGCGCCAUACACCUUGAGAACAUGGCGGUGUUGGCGCGUCUUGGCGUUACAGUCCUGCCACCUGAGCCACCAUUCUACCUCCGCCCGCAAUCCCUCGAUGAUGUGGUCGCUUUCGUAGUGAAUAGGACUCUGGCAAGCCUUGGAAUUAUUGACGCCCUACCCGAUUCUAUGCAUGACGGCGUUCUCGCGCCUACUGAGCUUAUUCGCCGCGCCAUUCACAACGGCUAUCGCGUUAUGGCAAUCACAGACCAUGUGGGCCCGGGCAACUUGGAGUUCGUCAUCAAGACGCUGGUGAAGGACUGCGCCGUCGCGUCGAAGCGUUGGGACAUACUCGCUCUACCCGGUGUGGAAAUCACAUACGUGCCAAAAGACGAUAUAGAUAUGAUUGCGCGGGAAGCCCGAGCUCUCGGCGCAAAGGUGGUCAAUGUUCACGGAGAAACUGUCGUAGAGCCUGUGGAGCCGGGCACCAACUACGCAGCCGUCAGCUCAAAUCACAUCGAUGUCCUCGCCCAUCCGGGCCUCAUCACUCCUGAAGAAGCUCAAAUGGCGGCAGAACGCGGCAUCUUCUGGAGGUCUCUGCGCGGAGGGGACACGGAUUCGCAAACGGGCAUGUAG